AUGACCUUGGCGGAGCAGUUCGAUGCGGAUGUUUUGGUGGAUCACGAGCUGGGAGAGGUCAUGGGACCGGAGGCGUUUGAGUCUGAGCCUCCUUGGCCUCCACGUCCUUGGCCUCGAGUGGUGUCGACACUGAAGCUGAACUUCGACACCAAACGCUUGAAAGGCGGCCGCUUCAUGGGACAACGUCCUGAGUGGUCCGAGACCCUGCAACGUGCCCGGCUACGAUAUGCGAACCGUUUUGUGGAUUACCUCCGAAGGGCGCGCCACACGAAGAAGAGCUGCUUGCUGGUGACACAUGGACACAUGGUGCAGGUUUGUGCCACCAUUCUGCCCGCCACAGCUCGACAGAAGGUGAUCUCUGUCGAUUAUGCGGCCAUGGUGCUGGCCAUUUGCCAUCGGUCGCCCAACAGCUUUCAUGAGACGGAUGUGCAGAUUGAACAGCAACAACGCACGAUCUCCUUCCACAUGCGUCCAGCUACAAAUCCUGAGAAACUGGAUCAUCAAAGCCAACUACAAGAGCGGAAUGAGCUUUUGCAAGAAGCCAGACUGAAAUAUUGGGAGGUUUGGCUGCAAGGUGUCCGAACUGUCAGCAGCUCCGGCCCACGCAUGCCAGCCAUCAUCCGACAGCUGUACCAAUACCAUGAGAGUUUGGGCCGAAGCUGGCAGGAUGUGGUCCGGCUUUUGGGAGUGCUCCCACCCACGGAAGAGUUUGACUCCGAUAACGAGCAGCUGUCAGAAAGCGCUUGCAGCUUCCACACUGAUACCAUGACGGUCAGCUCAAUGGCCAUGUUUCGAGAUCCCACCAUCAUACCCAGCAGUCCUGGGCAGCCUGGACGUUCGGCUGCAUCAUCCGCCCCCGAAGCUAAGACCGAUGCUCAUAUCGCCGUGCCGCAGAUGACUGCACGAGCCUUGAAGCAAGUGGAGCUGAGUUUGGGCUCCAAUGCCUUGGCAAGGCGUCGAAGGGAAGAUCGAACGGACCAAAUGGAGAAGGAUGAGAAGGAAGACGUCUUUGAGCAAGUCUUUUUGACCCAGAAGUCCUUCCAUGAGUUCGACACCGACGAAUCGGGCGAGCUUUCGACUGGGGAGGUGCAAGCGGUUCUGAAGGCGAUGGGAUGUUCACCCUUCAAAGGCACCUUGCAAAGGCUGAUUGAUGCGGUGGACGAUGACUCCUCAGGCACUUUGGACUUCAACGAGUUCAUUUCGCUUCUUUUGGUCUACCGACAGACUGAUGGCUUCAGUCACAAGGAGAUCCGACAGAUGUAUCGGACCUUUUGCCGUUUUGCCGUGGUGGACAACAACGUGAAGAAGGUGCCGCAGUACCGCUUGACCACCGCGCUGAUUUUUGAGUUCGGUGCGCAGGCUGCCGACUUGGCCAGGUCGCUCAACGGUACUGAGAAGAGUGGAAGUGGAAGUUUGACCUUUCGACAGCCAGGUUCCAGCGCUUUGAUCAGAGCCAAGACGGCGUGCUGGACCGGUCAGAGGCCCUUGCGGUCCAACAUCCAAGAUCUCUUCCAAGCGGUUGAUGCUGAUGGGGAUGGCACAGUCAAUCUGGAAGAGUACCUGGAAAUGAUGGACUACUUCAAGAGGUGGGAUGGCUUCACCGGAGCAGAAGCUGCCGAGCUCUCCGCCGUCUUCAAAAGGCAUGCCAACAUGGAUGGCGAAAUUUCCACCAUGCAGAUCAUGGACAUUUUGCGCGCCAGCGGCCGAAGCACUAGCCUGCGGAAGAUUCAACAGUUGGUCGCCAAGGUAGAUGUGGAUGAGACUCAUUCGUUGGACUUCAAGGAGUGGGAAGUGAGAAUGCUGAAAGACGAGAACCUGGGUGGCGCGGAGGAGUCGGUCUUUUUUGAUGAGGAUGACUUGCCGAGCCGAGAUGUCUCAGUAGCUGCUAGUCCGGCGAUGCCGGAGCGCAGCCAAUCCACCCUACCUGAAAAAAGAGGAAGCGGCAUGGUCUCUAAAGACUUCAAGAGAAUUGUGGAGCAGUUGGUGCACCAACACCUCUUGGAACUUGAGCAAUUGAGAGUACAGUUGAUUUUAAAUGAACCCCCCCACCCAGCAUCACCUAAUUAG